AUGCGAGGUGGCCAUGAUUCAGGUAGCUUAGAUUUGAAUUUGCCAUUACAUAACGACGGUAAUUUCAGAGCUCUGUUACGUUACCGUAUAGAUAGUGGUGACGAUUUAUUUUUAAAUCAUAUUAAAAGUUGUGGUAAAAAUUCUACUUAUAUCAGUGCUGAUAUACAAAAUGAAGUCAUUUCAAUUAUAUGUGAUCAAAUUCAGACUAAAAUUUGUAACAGAAUUAAAACAAACAAAUUUUUUGUGAUAUUAGCUGAUGAAACAACUGAUGUUAGUAGAGUUGAACAGUUUUCUCUUUGUAUAAGGUACUUUGAUGCUGAUGUAAAUAAAAUAAGAGAAGAUUUUUUACAAUUUGUACCAGUACAUAGUACUACAGGAUUAGAGCUAGCAAAGACAAUCAUAAGUACAUUGAGUGCUUUAGGAUUAAAUUUACAGCAUAUGAGAG